AUGAGCGGCUCUACAGCCAACAGCAUCUCGUCCGAAGGCUUCACCAUGGUGGAUCAUCCCUCCGCCCUUGCACUACGCCCGCGCUCAACACACAUACGAGACGAUACCAUUGCUGAAGUUCAUCCCCUCAGAGACAGUGAUGCCUUCAUAGUGUCUGUCCAGCCACCGCGAGUCCCACAGCAAGGUCUCAAGCGCGUCUCUUGCGACAUUGUGCUUGUCAUCGAUGUUUCUGGUAGCAUGGCGAGCGCGGCGCCCCUCCCGGAUGUUCAGGACAAGAAUGAGAGGGAGGCAACAGGACUGAGUGUUCUUGAUCUCGUGAAGCACGCUGCAAGGACGAUCCUGGAAACUCUGGGUGGGAAUGACAGACUGGGUAUCGUGACCUUUUCGGAUGAUGCAAAGAUCGUUCAACCUCUCACAUUCAUGACGCCGGGCUCAAAGAAUGCGACAUGGAAAAGCAUCGAGAAGCUCCGUGAUGAGGCAUGCACCAACCUCUGGGCGGGCAUCCGUACUGGGCUGAGCUUGUUCGCGAAGGCGCCACUUGUGGACAACGUACAAGGUCUUUACAUUCUGACCGAUGGUCAGCCCAAUCAUUUCUGUCCGAAACAGGGGUAUGCUGCGAAGCUCCGUCCCAUGCUAGAGUCCGCAGCCAGCGAGAGACCUAUCAUACCUACCAUUCACACAUUUGGAUUUGGGUACGCCAUCCGCUCGGGACUGCUGAAGGCGAUUGCCGACAUAGGCCUGGGUACUUAUGCAUUCAUUCCUGAUGCUGGCAUGAUUGGCACAGUAUUCGUGCAUUCGGUUGCCAAUCUUUACACAACAUUUGGCGUGUCUGCCACGUUGAAAGUCACGCUGUCAAAGGACGUCGCGGUAGAAACAACACCAGAUAUGACGUUGAGUGCUGGAGAAAGAGAACACCUGUGGGAUUUGGGCAACAUUCAGUACGGCCAAUCUCGGGAGGUGGUGUUUGUGUGUCCGCAAGGUAUACCUGGCGACACCGUCAUUACCGCAGCACUCAGAUACAAAGCUACCGACGGAGCUUCUCAUGGGUUUCAGAGCCGUGCAGUGUUUUCGGACAAGACAGUGAAGCCUCAAAUCUGGGUUGAAUACCAUCUGCGCCGAGCUCAAAUCUGUGGGCUCAUAUCCCGUCUCUUUCCCUUGGGGGACGAAGGCGAACAUCCGGCCAGCAUGGACAGAGCUUCUGUCGUCGAAGCACAGAAAACCCUGCACGACAUAGCCACGUCAAUGCAACAAUCUCCGAAUAGAGAUGCAGCUGCGCUCAAGGAGCUCCUCAAGGAGCUUAUCGGUGAUGAACCAGCAGGUCAGAUCUCCAAAGCCCUCACCUGGACUCCGGGUAAGAACUAUUGGCAAAAAUGGGGUCGUCAUUAUCUACCCAGCUUGCUCCAUGCACAUGAGCAUCAAAUGUGCAACACGUUCAAAGACCCCGGCGUGCUGCUAUACGGCAAAGAUAGCCCACUCUUUCUCAAAUAUCGCAGCGAGCUCGAUUCCGCUUUUGACGAACUCCCGGCGCCGAAACCGUCUCGCCCCCUGACAGUGGUAUUCACAUACGGCCCCACUGGCAAUGUAACGGGAACAAAAACCAUUCAACACCGAAACGUCUCAAUGAGCAGCUACAACUCGGCGGCAACACCUUGCUUUGAAGGCAACUGUACCAUUUUGAUGGGCGACGGGACCACGAAAGCGCCGAUCAAGAGUCUCAAGGCGGGGAUGAUGGUGUGGACGCCCAUGGGGCCACGACCAGUCGCUGCCGUUUUGAAGACGAGAGUCCACGGCCAUACGCAGAAGCUGUGCCGCGUCAGCGAGUUACUGGUCACCCCAUGGCAUCCAAUCAAGUAUCAAGGACGAUGGCGAUUUCCCAACGACAUUGCCGAAAGCAUUUUGUCGUUUCAAGGCAGUGUCUACUCCGUGUUGCUGGCUCCGUACCACCACUCCAGCGGUCACGCUGUCCAGAUCGGAGGUCAAAUCUGUGUCACCUUGGGUCAUGGCCUCGUCAAAAGCAGCAAAGACGACAUUCGCGGGCACACUUUCUUCGGCAAUUACCAGCGUGUAGCAAUGAGCCUGUGGCGACUACCUCUGGACAAGAAGGGACGCUUCAGAUGUGGUGGGAUGCUCCGGAACGCUCAGACGGGCCUGGCUUGUCGAUUUCUGAAGCCAUCUAGGGCUACUAUUAGCGUCACGAAAAGAGUGCGGUUGGGGACGAAGAUGAGGUGCUUUGCCUGA